AUGACGCGUGAUGGGUUCAUUUGCCGAUCUGGAAAUCUUUCGAGUAUCACAUCUAAAGGCUUGGAAACCCUACGGGAGCUUCAUAUAUCAACCAUAAUCUCCCUGACGGACAGUAAGGAAGCCGAAGUCCUGUACGCCAAUGAUCCCUUGUAUUCGGGGAAUCUGAAAGGCUUCAAGCUGCUUAAAUUUCCAUUAUACCAAGAAGACUUUGACAAGAAGAGGCUUUUCGCUAAGUAUAGCAGGUAUGCAUUAGAGGGUCAAAUUGUUAUUGCCCAAGAGUAUGUGGCUAUACUUCGAGCAGGGCCCGCCAUCAUCCGAAACAUACUACUUCAGAUACUCGACAACCCUGGCGAAGUGUACAUCAUCCAUUGCUCAAUGGGCAAAGAUCGCACAGGAAUUGUGUUUGCGAUCCUGUUAAGUUUAGCUGGAGUUUCGAAAGAGACCGUGUCAGAAGAGUAUAGCCUCAACGAAGUAGCUUUGGAACCGCUGCUCCCAAAGAUCUCUGCCCUUGCGCAGCGGAUCGCUCCCUGUAGUAGUAGUGAAAUACAGGGCCGACGGGUCGCCCAGGAGGCAAUUAAAUCAAGUAAAGAUGCCAUGCUUCUCACUCUUCAGAUGGUCGAAGCCGAAUUUGGAGGUGUUAUUCGCUAUGUUAAGGAAAUAUGUGGGCUGUCUGCAGAGGACAUUGAACUCAUUCAGCAUCACUUGAUACAAAAACGUCGUUGA